CUCCUCAGAAGAGAAUUUGUUUUUAUAUAUAAAAACAGGGAAACCAAAGGGGAACAACCAAAGGGAUGCGUCCUUUCAUCUAGACUCGAAUCGAAGAAAUGGGUAGCUGGUUUUCACGCGAUCCCUUGGCAGGCUUCUAAAGAUUCCCCUCCCAUCUUUUCACAGAAGCUGCUUAUUCCCGUAGAAGUCAAGAUCGAAAUAGAUCAUCCUUCCGUGCGUCGGCCUUCUCUCCUGGCUGGGUCUCUUAAUAACGGCGAGGGGUGAGGAGGCUGUAAGGAGAGGGGCAAGCGGCCUUCUCCCCUCUCUGUCCGCCUGACAGGCUCGCCUCAGGUGGAGGGGCGGGAAGCCGAAGCCCGAAUACUCUUCAAUGAACGGCUGAAAGCCCCUACCCCCCCCCCUCCGCCCCGACGUCGCUGGCGGCGGGAACAGCCAGUUUCUAUAGCGACGGCACUGAUCCUGGCUGCUCUCCUCCCGAUAGUAACAAAACCAGGGAGCCCCGCCGCUCUGCCCGACAUUCGCCGUGGCUGCUGCGGCAGAGCCGGGCGAGCGAGCCAGGAGGAACGCGCCGUCUCCAGCAGAAACCCCCGCCAAGCAAGCACGCAAGCAAGCCAGCUGGAGAUAAUGCUUGUUGGAACAUUCAGAAUUCCGUGCAUUUCUAAGAAGACAAUGUGAGAGUUACAAGAGGGACGUGUACAGCUAGACCUCGACUUGCGACAGUUCAUUUAGUGACCGUUGCUGUGUCCCAAGGUCAUGUGAUCCCCUUUUGCAACCUUCUGACAAGCAAAGAAAUUUCAUCUUACAUUUAAAACACAAAAGACAUUGAAGAAUAAAGCAGAUAAAUAUGAAUGAGCACUAUUACUGCUUCCUUUUUCCUGGGUGGAUAUAAGUGAUGUGAUAAUCAUAUUAUUUCAGAUAUUAUUUUUUAAAAAGAAGAUAACGGCUUGGCUGACAUCCUUCUCCAGAAGUCUAAGGCAUAUUAAAAAGAAAUGACAAGUCUAUUGGCAGAAGAUAAUGUGGAGUCUCAGGGCUCAGACGAGCUUGAAUGCAAAAUCUGUUACAACCGCUAUAACUUGAGACAGAGAAAACCUAAAGUCCUGGAGUGUUGCCACAGAGUAUGUGCCAAAUGCCUUUGCAAAAUCAUAGACUUUGGGGAAUCUCCUCAGGGAGUCAUCGUUUGUCCUUUCUGUAGGUUUGAAACAUGCCUGCCUGAUGACGAGGUGAGUAGUCUUCCAGACGAUAACAACAUCCUUGUCAAUUUGGCUUAUGGAGGAAAGGUAAAGAAGUGCCUACCUGACAAUCCUACAGAACUUUUGUUGACUCCCAAAAGGUUGGCAUCCCUCGUGAGUCCUUCCCACACCUCCUCCAACUGUCUGGUUAUUACCAUCAUGGAAGUACAAAGAGAGAACCCCCCAACACUGAACUCCACCCCGGUUGUGGAAUUCUAUAGGCCUACAAGUUUUGAUUCUGUGGCAUCGGUACCCCACCACUGGACAGUGUGGAACUGUACUUCCUUGCUCUUCCAGACUUCCAUUCGAGUCCUAGUUUGGUUGCUAGGCUUGCUGUAUUUUAGUUCUUUGCCUUUAGGGAUCUACUUACUGGUAUCAAAGAAAGUCACUCUUGGGGUAGUAUUUGUCAGCCUAGUUCCCUCGAGUCUUGUUAUUCUCAUGGUUUAUGGCUUUUGCCAAUGUAUAUGUCAUGAGUUUUUGGAAUGUAUGGCUUCUUCUUAACAGCAAUUGCAAUGAAAUAAGCAACGAAGCGUAUGAAACGGCCAUAGAUGUAGCAUAGGUAACUUACUACAUACUUCUCUUUCAUAUUCUUGUUACGUUUAUCCAUUGAAUAAGAAUACUGACCAAUUUUGUGGUCCUUUUUAUUACUUUUAAGAGUAAAUGAAUGGCUUUAUUCUGCUCUAUCCUGUUUAUCAACGAAUAAUAUCUUUUAAUAGACUAAGCAAUAGAAAGAAGACGAGACCAGAAUAACUUCUUAACUAGGUGCCUGAUGCUACAUUACAAUAGUGCUUUCUUUGAAAUAAUUUAUUCAUUUAGGAAUACAACUGGCCUUUCUGAAGCCAUUUCAGAUGAAAUAUCUAUUACAUUAAACUGUGUGUUAUUUCCACUGGUGUUUGAGUAAUGUUCUUUGGAAUGUUAUGAGCUGAAGCCCUCUCCUGCAAUAGCUCCCUUGAAAUCAUAACAGAGGUUUACUAACUAGAGCACUUGGACAUUUCAUUGGAAAUACAUAUGUUUCCAUGUGGAUGAAUAGGUUUCUGAGCACGGGGUUCAGGUUUCUGCAGUCCACAAAGAGAACUGGAGAUAUCCCAAAUCCCAAUUCUGUUUGCAGGAAAAGAGAAUUGAGUCAUUCUUCAUUGUAUGCGUAGCUUAUGUAUUUUUCUUUCCAGUUGGGACCAUAUGGAUGGAAAGCCUUUGGCCUUUCCCUACUUGCACUCAACUGUGGCACAAACAUGGCACAUUUUUUUUCUACCAUGACCACCUGACAUGAAUCAGAGAAUCUUUGAAACUGCGCCAGUGUAAAAAUAGCAAUAUUUGCCCCCAUUCCAACACUUUGCCUUGCAGUACUGCCUCUUCUUCAAGCAUUGCAAUUGAUUUCCUCCAAGGUAGUAAGGUGAAAAAGCCUAAUAGAUUUUAUAAAGUUUGAGAUUGUCCUUGGACAAUGUUGGAAUGAUAAUAACUCAGCAGAUUUGAUGUUAAAAUAGGUUUUUUGCUGACCCAGUGGAGAAAGGCUCUUUUUGUUGUAAUAUAAGGUGUAAGGUUGAGGUAUAAGAAGAAGAAGAAAGUACAGAUGGAGGCAAAGAAGGAGGAGCACACUUUGAAGAUUUCAGCCAGGGUUUUUCAGAAAACAUAGGGUGGAUUUCCAUAUUGACUAUCUUAACAGAAUUCAUGGUUUACUCAGCACAUAUCAAACCAAAUAAUGUACUAAGUGUCAUUAGCAAAAAUGUGGUUUCAAUUUGCAGGUAGAAUCAAAUUUUAACAUUUAGGAUGGAGAAUGUAAUAGGACUGUAAUAAUGUGAGUUUAACUGUAUAAUGAUAAUUUGCUGUUUUGUUCUACUUUAAAUAAACUAAAUGUUACUAAUAUUUAGAUGAUUUUAAGGGACUUUAAAAUACAAAAGGAGCAUUAGGGAUCAUAUGCAGUAUGUAGUAGAAUGAGAAAAAGCAAAAAAGAAUGCAAAGAAGAUAAUAUAGUACCAGGAAAGAAGACCAAUUCCAUUUUUCUAUCAGAAACUCUUAACUGUAAUAUAAAACAUUGGUAAUGUUGACACAGCAUUACAUUAGUGUGGGAAAAUGUCAGGAUAUAGCUUGGUCUUAACUGUUCUGUUGAAAUCACUGGUUGUUAAAGUGCUUUUAUCUCAACUGAUAAUAUUUUACAAAGCAACACACCCCAAAACCUAAAGAAAUGUUAAUUUUGCCAAGUGCUAACAGCAUUAAAAACAUGAUAUAUUAGUACUACUAAUGUGUUUGUAGCAAUGCAUGUGUAGUCAGAUGAAAUGCCUCGGCUUAGCACCAGUAAACCACAAAGUAUCAUCCAUGACUCCAAUAUGAAACAAAAAAACCAUUCAAGAGAAAAUGUUUUAUACUGUCGGUGACAUCUGUAUAAUUUGUUUAUGUGUAUACAUGUCAUGAGGAUUUAUAUAUUUGUAGAGAAUUCAUAUUCAGAUUGUUCCAGUUGUACUAUUUCAUAAUAAAUUGAUUCUUCGUGCAAGAUGAAAUUAAACAUAAA